AUGGAGCUGAGAGGAGGGUCCGAAAACCUCAAGGACCUGAUAGAGGAGGCCGAGGAAGUGUUCGAGGAGGACGAAGAGGAUAAUAUCAUGAGGGAGUACAGCACCUCCGAGUGCGACGAGAUCAUAUCCUAUGGCUCCGAGUCGAUCGACUGCAAGAUCUACGAGUGCAUGAACCGAGAGGGCACAGACGAGGUCAAGGCGAGGAGGCUCGUCGACACCUUCUACGACAUGGUGAUACGCCGGCGGCACUUCAAGUACAUACACAAAUUCUUGAUCCAGGGGAUCGACCUGAACAGGGAGAUGACCUCGGAAGAUCUGAGCAAGACUGUCGCAGACUCCAAGUUCGGCCAUCUCAUCCGCACCAAGUGCACGGUGCUGCACCUUGCUGCAGCACUAGGGUACAACCGCACGUGCGCAAGGCUGAUUGAUCUCGGGGCAGAAGUCCAUGCAGCUGUAUGGUUGGUCUAUCAUGGAAGUCUUGCAGACGUCAACCAUGCUACAACCAACGGCCUUACACCGCUACACUACGCUGCGACUAGUGGGUACGUGGGAGCGACGUUCCGCCUGCUGCAACUCGGGGCAGACGUUUAUAAGCGCACGAGCGAUGGCAAGACGGCAUAUGAUGUUGACGGAUGCUGCGAGUUUGCGGGCCCGACUUUGACAUGCUCACAGAUCGCGUUCCGGCAGGGAUCGAAGCACGUCUGCUACCUGCUCCAAUGCUGGAUCCUCCAGUAUGGCAUGGACCUCCGGGCAGCGAGGAGCGAAACGGCGGGUGGAGUCUUCUACCACGGAGCUGGCAACUUCUCAAUCCCUCCCUGCAUAAGGAGCCCGGCACACGCUACUGCAGAGGCGUUCAUCAAGAGCUUGAGCGCGUGCCCAGCUGACAACCUUCCCAACGCUCCAGCUGCGGUGGAGCAGCCCGUGCACCCGCACGUCAGUAGGCCCUCGUUCCAGCCCCGUCCGGGAGUGUUGGUACCGUACAAGAUCAUCAUGAAGCGACUUCCGUACAGCAUGCAGGAGGAAGAGCUGAAGGCGCUGUUCCAGACAAACAGCCUGCCCGAGCCCAAGAAGAUCUCCUUCCUCCGAAACCCGGACAAGACGCACUUCUCCAUGGCCUUCGUGGAAAUGCAGAACGAGGAACAGGCUUCACGCGCUAUUGCUGCCCUCAACAACAUCAUUGUCAACGACCCCGACGAUCCAAGGUGGCCGAAGCGUCUCGAGGUGUCGAAGUGCUACGACGUAAGGAAGAAACCGCCGGAGCAGGGAGUGCUGCAGGAGACUGUGGACUAUGAGGGAAGGAGGGUUGACCCGUCUCGUCGCCCCAAUCAGGCUGGACGCGGCGGCUUCGGGAGGGGGUCAACGAGCAGCCAGCACAGACCGUCUCCCGGCGGCAGGCUGAACUCCUGGUGGAGAAGCUGA